AUGCCCAUCGCAGGCGCUUUCAGUGCCGCGGGUCUGUGGGCGGGUGCGGUGAAGGCCAUCUCGCACAUGUUCCUGCAGGAGUACGUCUUUGCUCCGCUGCUCCACAUCGCCACCUCCGACGAGGAGCUCGACGAGUCGUUCGAGGCCUACGACCCCAUCGCUCCCAUAAAGCAAGGGGACAUGUACCAGCGUGGUGGCUGGACGGGUCCCGUGUGCGCGAUGGCCUCGGCUGCCGGCGCGAUUCUGCUGUCGCUUCCCUUCCUCAAGGCCAAGUUCCUCCUCCGCACCCAGUCGAGGCGUCCGGACGGCUCGUUCAAGUACACCGGCCUCUUCCAAUCGAUCGGCGUCAUCUGGCGAGAGCAACGGUGGGGCCUCAUCACCAACAACCUGAGCGCGUUCAUCUCGUUCGGUAUCCUCUACGAUGUGGUGGGAUUCCUCACGGACCGCUACAAGCUGUCGACACUGAUCAUGAAGAUCAAGACGCGCGAGGGUGUGCUCCACAACCUCAAGCACGCGCUGGCGCUCGCCAUCGAUGACAUCAUCGAGGCCGCCAUCAUCGUCGCCUUCACCAUGCCGGUCAACGUUGUUCUACGCCGCCUCGAGGCCCAGGCUGGCGGCGUGGCGCCCUUCAGCGCCGACGGGGUCGUCUACGCCGGCGUCCUCGACUGUGUGCAGCAGAUUUUUGUUCGAGAAGGCCUCAAUGGCUUCUACAAGGGAGCGAUGCCAGAGCUGUUGGAGAGGUUGCUGCCCCGCGUGUUCGUGGACGCCGCGGUGGACUUGGGUCUCAAUUCCUUCUUCGGCGUGCCGGCCACCUACGACAACACCGACGAGCACAGCCACGCCGACUGA